GAGCCCAGCGCCCACCCUUCGCUUUGCUCGCCAGCUACUCGCCACCGCAAAGCGCACCGGCGCGCGAAACGGGUAUCGCCGUCGCCCGGAAGAACAACCACCUUCGCCGACGGACAUCUGGCGGCCACCCGGCCGGCGCAUCGGUCGGUACGUGCACAAAACGGCCAGAAGCACCCGGCAACCGAUCGGAUCCUUCGCUCGCAAGGAAAGGGAAGCUGUGGUCUAAACAAGACAGAAAGAUGAGAAAGUGACAGCGAAAUUGUUUCAUCUCCAAGCCAGGACACCCGCCAGCUCGCCCCGGUGGAAUCGUAUAGGUGUAUUCUACGAGUAAUUUAUUUGCUAAUCACGCAGCCAGCAGAGUAGGCGGCGGCAUCGAUAGACUACACAGGCUACAGCCCAGCACGGCAAUCAGUAGGGUGGCGAGAGGAAGAAUACAAAGCGGGAGGGGACGUCGACCUCGGAAAGACCCACCCGGCAGUAGUGGCGAGCCACAUCUCCGAUGCGCAUCGCCCCGCUUUCCCACCCUCCUCUUAUCCCCCAAAGCAGAGGAAAGCCGGCGAGCUCUCCGUGCUCUGCUUAGCGAGUUCGAUUCCAUCCAUCAGCCCAUCCAUCGAUCGCCGGUGCGAGGCUAGCUAGCCAGGCAGCCAGCGGCGUGAUCUGGUCUUGAUCGGCCGGCGACCCCAUGGCGUCCAUCGUCGUGAUCGGGCUGGUGCUCCUCCUCGACAUCCUCGCCUUCGUCCUCGCCAUCGGCGCCGAGCGCCGCCGGAGCACGGCGCAACUCGGCGAGGCCGAGCCUGGCGGCAGGCGGUACUGCAUGUACGACACGGACGCGUCCACCUGGUACGGCGUCGGCGCGCUCGCCCUGCUGCUGGUCGGGCAGGCCGUGGCCAUGGCCGCCAGCCGCUGCUUCUGCUGCGGCCGCGCGCUCUCCCCCGGCCGCUGGCGCUUCUUCUCCGGCCUCUUCUUCGUCCUCUGCUGGCUGACGUUCGUGAUCGCGGAGGUGUGCCUGCUGGCGGGGUCGGUGCGGAACGCGUACCACACCAAGUACGUGAGCGGCUACUACGACGGAGGGGCGCUCCCCUGCGCGAUGCUGCGCAGGGGCGUCUUCGCCGCCGGCGCCGCCUUCGCCUUCCUCACCACGCUCUUCGUCAUGCUCCACUACGUCUUCUACUCCAAGGCCCGCGCCGCGCCCCCGCCCAUCAUCAACGGCGGCGGCAUCGGCAUGACCCGCAUCUGAUCCGUCCCUGUGGCUCUGAUCUGACCGUGGAGCGAUGCCUGUUCGUGUCGUGUGUUGUAGGAUAAGUGUGGGGUGAAUGUGUGGCUCUGUGUGCCGAGAACAGAUUGUGCGUGGUUGCUAGUGUUAGUGAACAGCUGAAUAGAUCAUGUGGGGUUGUGGAGUGUGCGUAGAAGAGAUCAGUCUGUUUGUCUAAGUAUUUUACAUUCGUGCGCCUUAUAUUUACUGUAUUUUAUCUGUCAAA